AUGGUAACAAGCGUAGCAGUUCUUGACGAUUACCAGGGCUUCGCACCCCCUCACUUCAACAAGCUGGAUUCCAACUUCGCCGUGACCUAUUACCCUGAUACACUUCUUCCGUAUAAUCACCCAGCUACGCCGCAAGCUGUCAAGGAUGACAUUGUCAAAAGACUGGAGCCCUUUGAUGUUAUAUACAGUCAGGACUCAGCUCAUAGAGCGAGAAUCACAGCCACCAUGCGGGAACGCACGCCCCUGCCAGCAGAUCUAAUAAACCGUCUCCCGAAUCUUAAACUCAUCCUGAGCUGUGGUGGCCGCAACAAAGCCAUCGACAUGGAUGCUGCCCAGAAGCGUGGCAUACCCGUCACCGCCGCCUCGGACAAUAAGCUGGGGCCGGUGGACAGUACCACCGAGCACAUCAUCGCCCUGAUUCUCAGCGUCACUAGAAGUAUUGCGCAGAACGAUGCAGCCGUCAAGGCCGGUGCCUGGCAGACAAACCCUGUCACGAGCGUAUCGGGGAAAACGCUUGGCCUCGUCGGUCUAGGCCGCCUGGGUGGCGCUGUGGCGCGUAUCAUGAGUGUGGCAUUCGGCAUGAAGAUUAUCGCUUGGAGUACCAACUUGACCCAAGAGGCGGCGGAUGCCCAAGCCAAGGAGCAGGGAUUGCCUGCAGAGCAGACAAAUGGCGAAAGGACUUUCAAAGCUGUCAGCCGCGAGGAGUUGUUCAGCGCGGCGGAUGUGAUUUCUGUUCAUUUGGUCUUGUCGGACCGGUCAAGGGGCUUGGUCACGGGGGCAGACCUGUCGAGGAUGAAGCCCUCGUCCUUCUUCGUCAACACCUCCCGGGGACCUUUGGUAGUGGAGAGGGACCUGCUGGACACUCUCAAAGCUGGCAAGAUUAGAGGCGCUGCGUUGGAUGUUUUUGACCUAGAGCCGUUGCCCAAGGAUAGUGAGUGGCGGAGGUCGGAUUGGGGUACACUUGGCAAGAGUCAAGUGCUUCUUACGCCGCACGUUGCGUACGUGGAGGAGAGGACCAUCAAUGGGUUUUACGAGCAGCAGGUGGAUGAUUUGGUGGCAUGGUCUGAGGGGAAGGCUUUGAAGAAGACGAUGUACUAG